AUGAUACGACGCUCGCCCCCUAAUGCUCCGGCAUCACCCCACUACACAUCUGAACCGAAUUUAACAUCGUGCCCCAAUAAUGAAAACCUAAACAUUACGCAAAGGAAAAGAAAACGUGAGUCGGAUGAAUUAGGGCGAAUGAAAAAAAUGAUGGUAGAUAUGAAAACCAUGUUUGAGGAGUUCGUGUUGAACCAAACUCAACAAAACAAUAAAAUAGAUACCCUGCGAAUGGCAAUCGAAGAAAUUCGAACUCAAAACGCAAAAAUUGCCAUUCAAAACUUAUAA